CGGCCGGAAGAGGAGGAGCGGGGCCUGCAGCCGCCCUGAGGAGACUCCGCCGCCGUCCUGAGGAGCCUCCGCCGCCUCCUCCUCCUCAGCCGUUCGCCAUGCCGGAACUGGCGGUGCAGAAGGUGGUCGUUCAUCCCUUGGUGCUGCUCAGCGUCGUCGAUCACUUCAACCGAAUAGGCAAGGUGGGGAAUCAGAAGCGUGUGGUAGGAGUGCUGCUGGGAUCCUGGCAGAAGAAAAUACUCGAUGUAUCCAACAGUUUUGCAGUUCCUUUUGAUGAGGAUGACAAAGAUGACUCCGUCUGGUUUCUAGACCAUGAUUAUUUGGAAAACAUGUACGGAAUGUUUAAGAAGGUCAAUGCCAGAGAAAGAAUAGUUGGGUGGUACCAUACAGGCCCCAAACUGCACAAGAACGAUAUCGCCAUCAACGAACUCAUGAAAAGAUACUGUCCCAACUCGGUGUUAGUAAUCAUUGACGUGAAGCCAAAGGAUCUGGGACUUCCCACCGAAGCUUACAUAUCUGUCGAAGAGGUUCACGAUGAUGGAACUCCAACCUCAAAGACAUUUGAACACGUGACCAGUGAAAUUGGAGCCGAGGAAGCAGAGGAAGUUGGAGUAGAACACUUGUUACGUGAUAUCAAGGACACUACAGUGGGCACCCUCUCCCAGCGCAUCACAAACCAGGUCCAUGGUUUGAAGGGACUGAACUCCAAGCUUCUGGACAUCAGGAGCUACCUGGAGAAAGUGGCAGUCGGCAAACUGCCCAUCAACCACCAGAUAAUCUACCAGCUGCAGGAUGUCUUCAAUCUCUUACCAGAUGUCAACCUGCAAGAGUUCGUCAAGGCUUUUUACCUGAAGACCAACGACCAGAUGGUGGUGGUAUACCUGGCCUCCCUCAUCCGUUCCGUGGUCGCCCUGCAUAACCUCAUCAACAAUAAGAUUGCCAAUCGAGAUGCGGAGAAGAAAGAGGGGCAGGAAAAAGAAGAGAGCAAAAAAGAGAGAAAAGAUGAGAAGGAGAAAGAAAAAGAAAAGGAAAAGAGCGAUGCCAAGAAAGAAGAGAAAAAGGAGAAAAAAUGAAACUUGUAGCUUUUUUUAUUUGUAAAUUAAAAUCUUGUAAACUAAAAGUGCUGCUAGAGGGUUCUUUACACUCUGAAGUACUUGUUAUAAACAAGCAGAUGGGUGGUGGGGAGAUGCCUGACUUAUCUAAAUGGACCGUCGCAAGAGGCAUUUGGGGAUUUUAAGGGCCGGAGAGAUGGGUGGAACAAAGAUAAGGUUUCGGAGAUAGUUCAUACGAUAGUUUGCGAAUACCGUGGGUCGGCAAUCUCCUCGGAUACUCUUCCCCCAUCCGAAGGGCCAGUUCCCCAUAAUGCACAACCGAUGCAUGAGAGUGUGGCCUCUUUUUUAUGAAUUUCGCCCCCCGUCCCUGAGCUCUGGCUAAAGAAUCCUUCACAAAAUGACUUCACUGUCCCAGCAUAUGGCCCAGGUAAGCUCAGGGAUUGGGAUCCGACUCUGGCCAUCAUUUUCCUUGGAAACGGUAAUUAAAUUGAUUUAUUAUAA